GGCUUGAAACCACCUGAGCAACCACGAAAAGCCAUCGCACAUCGCUACGUUGGGCUUCGCCUGAACAACUCUGACAGGUCAUCUUGGCAGUGGCCAGAACUUCUUUUUGAUUAGCCCUUUUCCUCCUCGGCAGUAAUGGCAGCAGUCCAACCGCUGCCCAUCAGCACAGGCGGCGCGAGCCAUGACGAGGCCAUAGAGAUGCUCCUUGAGCGAUACUUGCACCUGCUCGAUGAGUACACAUCUCUCAGGUCAGAGCUCAGCAAGCUCCAGUCAGCAAUGUACCAGCAGCUCGCGCGCGCCAAUUUCGCCGCUGAGCGCGGGAUCUGGUAUGGGCAGGACUACUACGACGAGCGCAUGCAAGCUUCGAGCACCGUCGUCGUCAGCGGGACUAGCUCGCCGCGAUUCUCCGUCGUGCGCCGGACAAAAGCAGACACGAGGCAAAGCAAGACGGCAGGGUCGCCUGACUCAUCAGCACUUGGCGGUGCUGCCGUGGGAGCUGGGUACAGUCGUGUCGGGGACGUGUCACAUCCCACAGUCCCACCUCCCAAUCAUCAAACCGUAACAGUCGACUCUGCCACAGAGGGGCAGCAUCGAGAGGCCAUUCGGGAAGAGAAUACAUCGGUAGAGCACAAUCGAGCGGUCUCUGCUGAUUUGGAAGGGAGUGCAGACACCGAGGCGUCACCGGGAGCAGAGUCUGACCAAAAGGAGAAGGAGUCGCGACCGAUGCCGGCUGAUCCCAUCCGCUGGUUCGGCCUCAUGGCGCCGAUGGCACUACGCCAGGCCCAGGCGUGCAGCAGCCGCGCCGUGAACGACAUUGUGCCUAGGCUGGCAACGGUCUCGGUAGAGAUGGCCGAGGUUGAGAUUAAGGUUCGCAGGGCACGUAAGAGGCGCGCCAAGGCUGCUUCGUCUACCGCCAAUUCCAUCGCGGAAACAUUUGUUACACCCAAAGAAGCCGUCGCGGCGCAAUAGGUAGAAAUUCUUUUUUGUAGGUGAAAUACAUAUGAGAGAAAUCACACAGCGAAGACAAAAGGGAGCGCUGGCGUGGCAAUAUGUUGCGAGCGGGGAGUCCGUUCAAUGAUGCUCGAAUGCUAUCAUGUUCUGCGCAGGUAUCAUGUACUUGACAACAUACUUUCGAGUCUAAGCCUGAUCUUAAGAAUGCUCAGUUGACCAACUGCUAAGCACGAUGUCGUUUUGAACGAUAAGUUACGACAAUGAAGUUGCUUGCUAGGGUCUUGUUCAGCGGGUGAACCCAUACGAGAUAGCUAAAGUAGCUACAAGCAACUCGACAUUGCGUUAUAAGGAAGGCAUCAAGGAAUCAUUGAAGGUCUCUCAUCGACGAUGUCAUGCUGAUCAGGACGUGAA